AAUUACCAGCGAUUUAUCAGAUGAAGACACCAGCUGUGCAUCGGAUGAGGUAAUCCAGAGCCCUCCAAGAAAGAGGCAAACCACAUCUGCACCAAGCAUACGGGCAAAAGAUGGAACUGUUUGGGAGAAGUUUGACAUCACACGCACUCGUGUCAGCUGUUUGCCUAAUUCUACGUUCAGUGAGCCGGCUGGGCCUACAGAGCAUGCAAAGCGUAGGAUCACAAGCAGACUGCGGAGUUUUCUGUGUUUGGUCGACAUAGAGAUGCUGAGACUCAUCACUGAAUGCACCGUCCAUGAAGCCCACAGAACAGACCGCAGCUGGAGUCCUUCUGUCAGCGAGUUGAUGGAGUUCAUAGCUGUCCUAUUUCUACGAGCAGUCCUCUGUCCAAUUGGUGCGAUGACGGAGUGUUGGUCGGCAAUGUUCGCUGUGGCUUCAAUCAAGGAGAAAUGAUGCGGUACUUGCGGUUUGACAACAAGGACACCCGUGCGGAGCGUGCAAAGAGCGACACAUUUGCUGCAAUCUCGGACAUCUGGCAACGAUUUGUAAAGAACUGCAACCUGUGUUACAACCCAGGACAACAUCUUACAGUCGACGAGCAGCUGUUUCCUACCAAGGUUCGCUGUUCAUUCACACAAUACAUUUCAUCAAAGCCUGACAAAUUUGGAAUAAAGUUUUGGGUUGAUUUUGACUUGAACACCAAGUACAUGUGCAACGCUAUUCCAUAUCUGGGAAAGGACCCCGAUCGUCCCAAGGGAGAAAGAGUGUCCGAGAAUGUGGUUAUGAAACUUAUGAAGCCAUACCUGGGAAAGGGCAGAACUGCAGCCACAGACAUUUACUUCACAUCUCUCUCGCUGGCUAACAGACUGCUGGAAUCCAACACAACUCUGCUUGGGACGAUCAACAAGAUUCGACGGGAAAUUCCUUUGGAAGCCAAAAACGCCAAAGGACGUGAAAAGCUAUCCACGGAGGUGUACAGAUCAGGUGGUGCGCUGCUGACGGUGUAUGCCCCCAAGACCAAUAAAACCGUCUGCGUUCUCAGCACUAUGCACACGCACGUGAAGAUUGCCGAUGACAGAAAAAGGAAACCAAACACGGUGACAGACUACAACCGGAUGAAGUGUGCCGUUGACAUCAUGGAUCAGAAGGUGCGGGCAUACACAGUGCGCGCAGGAACACGCCGGUGGCCAGUUGCAGUCUUCUACAACCUACUUGACCUGGCAGCGAUGAACGCGCAUGAUUUGUACACGGCGUGCACGGGGUCCACAGAGAGGAGGAGAGUCUUUCUAUGUGCACUUGCUGAGGAACUUCGUCAUCGUUAUCUGCAGGAAAAGGAAUUGAGGAAAACGCCACGUCCUCUGCCUGCUCCUGGAAAGAAGACCCAGUGUCAGGUGCAGUCGCACUGCAACCGUAACCACAGCAUAAACCCGUGUGCUGCAUGCGGCAAGUACACCUGCCGCAAAUGUAGGAAAGAGGGUCCCUGGCUGUGUAGCAACUGUUAGCUACAACUUAGCGUUGUUAGCGUUGAUGUAUUUGUUUUUCUGACUAUUUGAUCAGAAUAAAGUUGUUUAGCAGCACAUGUAUUUGUUUUUUCCUCUCAUUGCCUUU